CGCGCAGGGCGCUAGGAGCCGCCGGUCGUUGGCCAGGCCUCACCCGGUGGAGCCGCCCGGCCUCGGCUUGCCGCCCGCGCCCCUCGUCCCUCCCGCACCGGUUCAGGACGGCCGCUUCCGCCCCGCAUGCUCAGGCCUGCGCCACUCUCGGGGGAGGAGCCGAGGCGAGGCCGCACGGGCGGGCGGAGGGAGCCAGGCCCUGCGGCCGUCGACGGUUCGUAUCAGCCGGGUCGGAGGAGGAGCCGGGCCGCGCGGGACGGAGGCCGGGCUAUAGGGGCGCAGGCCCUGGGACCGCGGCGACGCGAGGCGUGGGGCUGCGCGCGGAGGCCCGGACGGCGCGGAGGUGAUGUGGGCCCCUGUGCUUCUACGGAAGAAAGGGACUCCCGCAGCGGCGGCGGCCUCCCUGCCGGUCCUCCUGACAUCGGCCCUUAGGGACCUCGGGGCGGCCCUGGCUCCCCUGCUCGGUCAAGUGCCCUUAAGGAUGCAGUGAUCAGGGUACGGGGGUUCUCCCCGUGGGAGGGGCGCUGCCUGCGCUUCUGAACUCUGCGCAGAGAAAACAAAAAACAAAAAAACAAAACCGAAAAACAAAACAAAACAAACCCCAGAAUGAUGCUGUCUGAGCAAGCCCAAAAGUGGUUUCCAACCCACGUGCAGGUCACAGUACUCCAAGCUAAAGAUCUGAAGCCAAAAGGCAAAAGUGGCACCAAUGACACAUACACCAUAAUUCAGUUGGGCAAGGAGAAGUAUUCUACAUCUGUAGCGGAGAAAACCCUGGAGCCGGUGUGGAAGGAGGAGGCCUCCUUUGAGCUGCCUGGGUUGCUCAUGCAGGGUAAUCCGGAGAAAUACAUUCUUUUUCUUAUAGUGAUGCACAGGUCCCUGGUGGGACUGGAUAAGUUUUUAGGGCAGGUGGCAAUCAAUCUCAAUGACAUCUUUGAGGACAAACAAAGAAGGAAAACAGAGUGGUUUAGAUUAGAAUCCAAACAAGGAAAAAGAAUAAAAAACAGGGGUGAGAUAAAGGUCAAUAUUCAAUUUAUGAGGAACAAUAUGACAGCAAGCAUGUUUGACUUGUCAAUGAAGGACAAGACGAGAUCACCUUUUGCAAAAUUAAAAGAUAAGAUGAAAGGGAGGAAAAGCGACGGGGCAUUUUCUGAUACGUCCUCUGCCAUCAUUCCAAGCACUCACAUGCCUGAUGCCAAUCCUGAGUUUUCAAGUGGUGAAAUGCAGAUGAAAUCCAAACCAAAAAAGCCUUUUCUUUUGGGUCCUCAGCGGCUCUCUUCUGCCCAUUCGAUGUCUGAUUUAACUGGGCCCCACUUAUCUUCUGAGAAGCUAAAGUCCAGCACUGUGGGUCCAACACAUCUUCUCAGUCGUCAGAUAGAUUCCUUUGGAGUUGUUCCAGAAAGCGGAAGUCUCAAGUCUCCACACAGACGAACACUAAGCUUUGAUACUUCUAAAUUGAACCAACCUGGCAGCAUUGUGGAUGAAGGUGAGCACUCUUUUGGAAGACAGAGUGACCCAUUUACAAAUGUGACUGCUUCAUUACCCCAAAAAUUUGCAACACUGCCAAGGAAGAAGAAUCCAUUUGAAGAAAGCAGUGAACCGUGGGACAGCAGCACGAAUUUGUUUUCAAAACCAAUUGAAGUCAGGAAAGAAAGUAAGAGAGAGAAAAGGGAGAAGGUGAGCCUCUUUGAAAGAGUGACUGGGAAGAGAGAUAGCAGGAGAUCUGACAAGCUGAACAAUGGGGGAUCUGAUAGCCCAUGUGACUUGAAAUCACCUAGUGCUUUUAGUGAAAACCGGCAGGACUAUUUUGAAUAUGAGUCAACCAACCCGUUUACAGCAAAAUUCAGGGCUUCAACUAUAAUGCCAUCUUCAAGUUUUCAUAUGAAUCCAACAAGCAGUGAAGACCUCAGGAAAAUCCCGGACAACAAUCCUUUCGAUGCCACGGCUGGGUACCGAAGUCUGACCUAUGAAGAGGUGCUGCAGGAGCUGGUGAAGCACAAAGAACUCCUUCGGAGGAAGGACACCCACAUCCGAGAGCUAGAGGACUACAUUGACAACCUCCUUGUCAGGGUGAUGGAAGAGACACCUAGCAUCCUGCGAGUGCCCUAUGAGCCAUCCAGGAAAGCUGGCAAGUUCACCAAUAGCUAGUGGGAGUCAAGAGGACUAUUCAUAACUGGGGAGAGAGGGGGAGAGAGAGAGGGAGAGAGAGAGGAAGGAACAGGAAGGGAAGAAGGAUGUGUUACUGGAAAAGAUGGCACAGUCAGGCUUCACCUCCUUCCCUCUGUCAUUGGGAACAGUUGUCAGCCCUGUUCAUACUCACAGGUAUUAUCAAAAGUAACCUUUGGAGUGGGUAAAAUAAUCUAAACUCUUAAACCGAAAAUGAGCCAUGCCUUGAUGACUGAGCAGUUAUCUCGCAUCACUUGGGUACUGGUGCUGGACCCCUGUCUGCCAUAGGCCUGGAACUAUCUUCAGCAGCCCAUGAGUUAUUCCUCAGGAAUAGAUUGCAUAAAGCAGAAUCGAUACUGUUGUUGGAUUCUCAGUAGUCAGUCUGUAGACACACUCAGUAUCAGGAACACUGCUCAUUAUAAACAGACACACUCAGUGUCAGAACACUGCUCAUGAUAAACACUACUGAAAAAAAAGUUCCUCAUACAUGACUAUGUAUGUUCGCGUGUUUCUCUGUAUAAAGUACAUGCAUAUACCUCAUAUACACGUGUGUUUUUAAGACAUUUAAAAACAAGUGGUUGCCUCUAAGGUUAGGAUAUCAAUCUCAUAGUUUAAAAUGCACUUUUGCAGAAUAUACCCAGGACCACUUCUCACCAGGGCCACCCCACCUCUGGAAAAGCUACUUCAACCCACUCCUGAUUCUCUGAACCCUGCUUUUGAAGAGAUUCACUACUUCUAACUUUAUCCCCGAUAAUUGUCCCCCCCCCAAAAAAAAACAAUGAUCUCAAGUCUCUUUUCAAGGAAUGCAAAAAUUUAGAGCUCUUUAUUCUUUUUGUAGAAGUAUAGAUAUCUUCAGCCAGUACUCUCCUGGUGUUUGAGUUUAUAGGAAGUGUAAGCAGGAGAUGGGGCAGUACAGUUUGUCCUACUGUAUUCUGAGCAGAGACAACUGUGCAGUUACAUCUGAAAACAAGCUGGGCAUGGGGUGAUAACCAAAGGCAACAGAGACAGUUCUAGGGAUGAAGGUUGGGCUUGGUUUCAAUGUCAUCAUUAAUAGAACUGAUGGUUGCCUUUGAGCCCUGAACCAAAGACUCAUCAUGACCAUGGGUGUUGAGAGCAGGUCUCUAACAACAUACAGCAUGAGGCAACCCACGUCCACCCUUGAGGAUUGAUGUCACACACUAUGGAGUCUUUGUUUAAACCUGCCUCCCUAGAAUGGUAGUUUUCUUUGGAUUAGCUUUCUGUAUUUGUAUAAAAUUAUUCUAAAAUUUAAAGUGAAAAGUGAUGAGAUAAGAAUAUUGCAGAUCUUCUGCUGGUAUUUCAACCUUUCAGAUUUACACUCCGAAGUAGACAGUCUUUCUGAAUUGAGGAUGUAAAGACUAGCUGCAUACAGAAGCUGGGACCGGGUGCAUUCCGUACCCCUGUAGUGAGGUACAUGUUCCUGAUUAUUAUCUCUAGUAAGACUUCACUGAAAGUCAAAUGAAAGCAGAGAUUAUAAUUUUGCUGAAUUUCAUAUUUUUUAGUCACAGAAUCCCUUGUUAUCUAUAUUUUCUGAGUUUCUGUGGUUUUCUAGAAGACAUGGGUUUUGAAGUGAUUUUUUCCCCAAAUAUAAACUUCAGUACUUUUCUAAAAUUAAAAUAGAGGAGGAAAAAUGGAGUUUUACAAUCAGUUUUUCUUCCAUUUAAUUAAUAAUUGAAGUGAUUCUGUAAUAAACUUCAAAGUCUAAGGUAGAUUUGAUUUUUCCCAUGUGAGAUCUUGGUAAAUAUUUUUUGUUUUAAAUGGUGCCAUUUAAAAUGGGCAUUUAUUAGAUAUCAUCAAAUCUUAGCAUAUUUUUAUCACAGCAUUUCUGAGACUCUCCAACUUCCUAAAGCACCCAAAUCCAUGUAUUCAGUCUUAUGCCAGCUGUCUGCAGGUACAGUAACAUGUGUUAGCUAAGCGUGUCCUUUCUAGAGUCUCAGUCCUGUAGAGACCUGAGCUGUCUGUUGCUUUUGUCCUCGGAAUAAGUUUCCCAUAAAUCUCAUCUAAAAAGCAUGGUUCAAAUGCCUUUGUUCCUUUUUAUGAGAAGUCAUAAGGCACAGUUUUGCCUCCAUUAGAGUCUGUGUAUUCAGCUUCAACAGCCCUUACUGACUGGCCAGACUGAGUGGGUAUUUGCUUCUCAGAAUCUGAAGUGAAGCUUUGUCCAAGGGCAGUCUGGUAAGCAGUGAGAUUUAUCUGAGGCAUGAUUGUUGUUGCUAAAUAAAAACAAAUGUCUGAGACAAACAAAAAUUCUGCAUUUACACUCUGGAAAAUGUUGUGUUCUAGUGGUAAGAGUAUAACUCAUAAACUUAAUGUUAUCAUUAGUCAACAUAACAGACUUACAAGUAAAACAAGUUCCAGAGAGCAUAGUAUGUGGCAGUGUCUAAGCGCAUGUGUGAGCUAGGCACUGUAGAAAGAAGGCGAGAAAGACACUUGCUUUACCUUCCAAGUGGAACAGGGAGUAUUCCAGUGAUUUAUUUUUGUAUUAACUUAGCGGUGGAAAUAAAAAUGUAUAUUUCAGUAAACAGUGCAUGCACAAUAGAUUUUUAAGAAUAUUUUAUUUCUGAUUUUAGCCUAAAAAUACAUACUCAAAAACACUUCUACCAACAAGACUUUUUAAAAUCACAGAAUCAAGCCUGAUUUAAUUUAACACACUGCUGUUAUAUAAUUAAACUAUUUCUUAAAACAACAACAGCAACAACAGUAUUUUACAAGCAGUCUCUUGUCAGUUCUAAACUCAACUUGACAGUAUUGCCACACAGCCCUGCCUCUGGGACUUCAAGUGUCAUUCCUUAAGCACCAAGGUCAUUGCUUAGAGUUGUAUAUAAGAUACCAUAUAACCCACUCAUGGUAAGUGUUGGAAGCAUUACCUUUGCUGCUCUGUUCUGCAUUGACCCCAGUUUUGCCCUCCUCCCAUGAAUGUAGUAUUAUUCAUAGAUAUUAUACAUAACUACAUGGAUUGCUUUUUGCAGUAAAUCAAGUUCUAGUUGUAAUUUUCCAGCUGUGAAAAUGUUGCCUUGUAUUUAAAAUGGUUUCACGAGUGAAAACCUAAGUAAAUAAGCUCAUUAGUGACAGACCUGCUUCUUCAUGUCCCCCUUUCCCAUCUCCCCACUCCUGCAUCCUGCUUCCCAUCCCAAUGUGAGUGCUUAUUCUUAACAAGGAGAAUCUUUAAAAAUGAGAAAUAAAAAGGAAAGACCUGCUAUGUCUAAGUCUCUAUAGUAACUUUUACACUAAGCUUUUAUUUUCCCCUAAAAAAAAAAAAAA